CAUGUUUCCUGAGUGCUUGUUUAAACAUUUGCUUUUUGCCCUCACCUGCUUUUACAGUUCAACAGAUUUUGGCGGGCUUAUUUGUGUCUGCAGAGAGAAUUCUGAGAGAGUUGGAUGAAUUAUAUUGAAAUCACUUCACAAUGCACCUAGGAAUCAGAGUAGUCUCCACCAUCAUCUUUCCAUUGCUUUUCAUCAUGAAAUGGUAUUGGGGUGAUUUUACUGUCACCGUGCAGGUUACUCCUGAAAUUGUCUUGGUUGGACAAGCUGUGAUGUUGUGCUGCCAUCUCACAGGCCAGGUCCCUGCUAACAUUCAAGUGCAUUGGUACAAAGUGGAAAGGAACAAAAAUACAACGUUAUAUUUUUACAAUAGCACGGAAAAAGGGACUGAGUUGGGCCAGGCUGGGGAACGGCACAGGAUCAAAGGACGAUAUGAGAAUGUUAAGGUGAAGCUCUUUUCAGUGCAAGUAGAAGAUAGUGGUCAAUACGUGUGUGUGGUUACAAGCGAUGGUGUCUGUCAAGAAGCUAUCGCCCAGGUGAUUGUUCUAGGUUUUGGAUCUGCACCUCUCCUAACUAUAGAACAUCAGCAGAAUAAUUCAACCACUCUGAGGUGUACGUCCCAAGGGUGGUACCCACAGCCUGAAGUGCGCUGGACUGACAGCACAGGACAAAAUAUAACUGCUAUGGCUGAAACAAGAAUCCAAAAAGAUGUUACAGAUCUGUAUCAAAUCCACAGUACGCUCAGGGUAGCAGAUAUUGCUUCUGACACUAUCUCAUGCACAAUAAUAAAUCCCUUGCUGAAGAGGCACCACGAAAAAGUUAUUGCAAUUUCUGGUUUCUUUGAUGUGGAGGCAGAACAUGACAUCAUUACCGCUGUAAUUGGAGAAAAUGCCAUUCUUCCCUGCCGGCUGAUUACAAAACAUCUGCCCCCAAGCAUGGAGCUGCAAUGGAGGAAAGUUGGACCUGGGGAGGAUAAGACAAUCUAUCUCUACCUCUAUGAUGAAAGCAGCCCCCUGGUUAAUUCUUAUCCACAGGAUGACAAAUGCUCAAUGGGUUAUUUGUCUCCAAAUGGAGUCAACAGCAGAGAAUGGAUCAGGAAGAAAUAUGAAAAAAAGGCAGAAGUUUUUAAAGGAAAGGAGUUUGGGAAAGGAAAUAUUUCUCUGAAACUGAACAAUAUUCAAGUGGAAGAUGAAGGGAAAUAUGUAUGUUCUGCCACAGCCAACUCAUUUCACAGAGAGAUCAUCAUUGAAGUCUUGGUUAUAGGGGGCGCUAACAGGGAGUUUCAAGAGGGAGUUCUCCAGGUGAAGGAGGAGCAAAUACAGGAUCCUUGUGAGGAACCCCAGGAGCAAAUGGGUGCCUUAAUUUGUUUAUUGCUGUGUAUUGCUGUGAUCAUCAUCCUUUUUCUUGGAAAAUGCAAACGAGAAUUGGAAAAUACAAUAAAAAAACUCCAGGAGGAAAAGGGAGACUUGGAAAAGAGAAUGAAAGAACUCCAGGAGGAAAAGGGAGACUUGGAAAAGAGAAUGAGGGAAAUGGAAAAGACAACAAAAAAACCCCAGGAGGAAAACGGAGACUUGGAAAAGAGAAUGAGAGACUUGGAAAAGAGAAUGAGAAAAAUGGAAAAGACAACAGAAAAUCUCCAGGAGGAAAAGGGAGACUUGGAAAAGAGAAUGAGAAAAAUGGAAAAGACAACAGAAAAACUCCAGGAGGAAAACGCUCCUCCCCCCGCCAGCCCCUUCUGCUCGGAAGAAGAGCUGAUCAGUGGUUAG